AUGAAUACGGUCGACGAAAUCUGCGAUUUAUUGCAGGCUCACAGUAAUCGCGAUAAAAUAGUAUCACUGACAAGCUACAUCCUAAAGCUUUGGGGCGCGAGUUCGAAGCGGCAAAAUCUUUUGACAGCAAGUGCGAACCUUGCGAGUGCCCGGGCAGCCUUAAGACUCUUUGAUGAUGCGGCUGUGCUUAACAAUAUCCUCAAAUAUGGACUUGGGAAACAGGAUGGUCCGUGGUGGGGAGCUCUUGGCGUGUCGAAUGGCUUGUUCACGCUAGCGUACUUACAGGCUGAGAAAAUCGUCUUCUUACUUGAUACAGGCGUAUUGACACUAGAUGAGGAAAAGGCGUUCAAAAUAAGAACUGCACAUAAGCUCUUCUGGGCGCUGUUCUCAUUCAUUGGAUUGAUCAGGUCAAUCAGAGCUUUACACGUAUCUGCUCAGAAUUUGAAAGAUCCCAAUCGUACUAAAUGCGCUCCGGCAAGAUUCACACAAGCUACAUUGACUAGUACGAAGCUCGUCCUGGAUGUGAUUCAUGCUGUCAGCUGGCUGCCUCGGGGCUGGUUGUGGGGCAGUUCUCUACAAACGUCACAUGCUGCUGGGAUAGCGACUCUAUCCGCUGUACUGGGUUUAGUCACACACUACCACGGGAAAAGACUUUUGCCACGAUAAGACCUAAACUAUGUCAGGGUGCACUGUUAUUUAUUAUUAAUAAUAAUAAGCUUAAUGCACUAGAAUAUCUUGAUGCUAAUUAAGAGGAAGAGAUGGUGCGGACAGUAUAUUCUA